AUGGGUAUCCUCUAUUGUGUUGAGAAGCAGGCAACGAGAAAGAUGACGACUGAUAGUGUAGUUAAUAACGUUAGCUCAAAAGAAAUAACAUGGGCCGAGGUUUCAGAUUAUAUUAAGACAGGGGAGUUGUACAAACUGAGACGUUCUGUCCAACAAAAUGUGGGAUACCGCAAGCAUAAGGCAGCUCUUGUCGGUAAAGACAUUACAGAAUUUAUUAUCGAUAAACUGCAAUGGAACCAGCAGGAACUAAUUGAACUGAAUGAGGUAAAAUACCCCACCAAAGAAGAUAAAAUACAUGCGUGUUUCUUACACAAAAAUCUUUACAAAGUGGCUAUAAAUGAUUUCCCAUAUUUCUUUGAAUCAAAUGUGGUACAUCUAUUGGUAUGGUCUAAAAUCAGAAUUCCAAUUUAUGAAGAUGAUAAAACGGGAGAGAAAGAAGUGAGAAUUAAUGCUACAGACAACGUCUUUCCCGAAUUCAAUGAAGAGAUGCGCUUGAAGAUUGAAGCGUUCUUGAAAUCAGUAUUAACCGAUCGUUAUGGUAUUAAGAGGGAAAAUUAUGGAUGGUUUAUUAAUUAUACUAACCUUCAAAGUAUUAGAGGUAUUUCCCAUAUUCAUCUUUUAUUAAGAAUUACUGAUAAAGAUGAACUGUCUCACAUGGAUGCUUUUAUCAAGGAACUGAUGGAAAAUUUUGAACCUAAGUAG